AUGACCAUAGUUGAAUUAUUUGACGAGAUUGCUAUGCACAUAAAUCGACUAAAUGUAGUCGGAGUCCAGACUGACCAAUUUAAGUUGCUUGUCCAUUUCUUGCUUAUUUUCCCAUUGGGAAUUAUCCUACGCUACUUGAAAAGUCCCAUUAUUCGAAAAUCCUAUACAUUUUUUUGGGGACUCUUCUUUAUGUUGUACUUGGGAGCUCAAUGGAUAGAGUUGGUUGUGGCAUAGACACUUGUCAUAUAUUUUAUGAGAUUACUGAGGAGACCAUUCAUCCCCAUAGCAUCUAUCAGCUUUCUCAUUUUAGGCUACUUACAUUACGACCGCAUCAUGGUUAAUGGCAAACUAUCAAUGGGAUUUAACGUAGUGCAGAUGAUGUUGACAUGUCGAUUCGUAUACGUGGGAGUUGCUGCUUAAGAUCGAUUAUCCUUCACAUUUCUCGAUUAUAUCAGUUAUGUGUUCUACUUUCCAAACAUCAUCGUUGGCACAGUUCCCUUCACAGCCUACAUUGAUUUCAUCAAUCUCAAGGGAGUCUAUGCCAACAUGAGUUACAGUUUUAAAAUGGCUUACCUAUCCCUUUUUAAGGCUAUUCUCUUUGUGGCAGCUGAUCAACUUAUUAGACCUAAGUUCAGUUUCGCCUACUUCGGUACUCAGUAAUGGGAAGAGCAUUCACUUUUGACUCGUCAUCUAAUUUGCCAAUUGAUUUCUUGUUGCGAGAGGUUCAAAUACUUCCUUGCAUUUAACUUCUCUUAGGCUUCAAUGGAUGCAGGAGGAAUUACAUUUGAUGGAUAAGAGUUUUCUAAUUAUCGUUUGGCUGAUUACAAAUUUGAGAUCGAAUUUUCACCUAUAAAAAGAACAAAGCAUUGGAAUUCAAGUGUUUAGGCAUGGUUGCAAACUUGUUUUUAUGAUAGAUACAAGUAACACAAAUCAGCUCUGCUCCUCACUUUUGUUUUGAGUGCUUACUGGCAUGGGUUCUUUAUUGCGUACUAUGUGUUUUUCAUUGAAUGGGCAAUUUUCAAUGAGAUCACCAAAUAGGUUUAUAGAGCGAAGGAUAAAUUUAAAUUUAUUCCCAUUCCGAUGCAGAAAAUCAUUUGCGCUGUUUAUGGGCAGUUGGCUGUGAAUUCAACUGCCACUCCGAUUGGAUUAUUGAAAUGGGAUAGGGUGUUGAAAGCGAUGAGUGAUCUUGGAUGGGUGGCUCAAAUAGUGAUGGUGGUGGUUUGGGGGUUUUUCAAGAUUACGAAAUUUGGAUAGGGGAAAAGGAAGGAGUGA